AAAUAUGAGCUAUUGUUUUUAUUUUGUGUGUAGCACAUAUAAUAUGUGCCAUAUAGGUAUUAUACUAUUAUGAUCUAUAGAUUCUAUACCAGUGUUUCCUAACCAUAUUAAAACACAUUAAAACAUUAUUUAAUAUACAAUUAAUUCGUUUUUGAGUCAUUGAACUUAUACUAAUUAUUAUACCUACUUAUAAUAUUAUUAUCAAUCUAAAAAAAUCUUGGUUUUCAACUAAGGUGACUUUGCCCGGGCAACGCCGGGUGGGCAGCUAGUUAUUAAUAUAAUGUUAUAAUUUUAACGAUUCGAGUCUUGAAUAAGUGCACGUUAUCGACAAGAUAUAGGUAUAGGCUUGAGAUAAACCUUAAGUUAUUACCUCAAUACAUCAAGUCGCAGGAAUAUUAUAUAAUAUAAUAUGAUAGUAGAUUUAUUAUUAAUAAAUAAGGUACCUAUAUCGGGCUAUAUUAGUGAAUGCUUUGUUGAGGCCGAUAAGCUAGAGAUUUUAAAUGCCUCCAUCAUGCCAAAUUAGGUCAGCUGCUUAUAUUUUGAAUUGUCACCGACCUUCUGAAACACUCACGCAAGCAAACUACAAACAAAUACAUAUUUAAAAUUAUUUAAAUAUCGUGUAGUUAUUUUUAUUUUACUAUAAUAUUUUUAGUCGCGUUAAAUUCGACGAACGGUGUGAUCCGCGUAUUUCUACAUCGUAGACUAAAUCGACGCAUUGAACUCUGUUUUUCAAUAUUUUAAUUUCAAACUUUAAAAUAGAAUACAGCAGUACCUCUGGAAAAACCAUGUUGAGCUCCACGACGGUGUUGAUUGUAUUAUGCGCGUGGCCAGCGCUGCUUCAGUGGACGCCCGCCGGUGCCGCUAACAUCCUUGCGGUGCAGACGAUCCCUGGCAAGAGCCACUGGAACGUGAUGCGGGCCGUGCUGCAGGCGUUGACUGACCGUGGCCACACCGUGACCGUGUUCACGCCAUUCGUAGACGGCGACCGAGACGGUUACACCGAGGUGGACGUGUCCGAUAAAACGGAAACGAGGCUCGACCUGGACGCGGCGUUCCUGAUUGAAAACUAUGGGACCACGCGAAAGUUGAUGGCGAACAUGGUGAAAGUCACGCGGGCAGGUUGCGACAUGAUUUACGAACACCGUCAGAUGGUUGACAUCUUAAACGGGACUUCGGCGCAGAAAUUCAAUUUGGUCGUCACCGAACCACUAGUGUCCGAGUGCGUGGCUUACGCGGCCACUGUACUCCACGUGCCCAUGGUGUACGUAGUCCCACCACCGAUCAUCACGUACUUGGAACGUCCGAUGACCGGCCACGCUCCGAAUCCGGCUGUUACGGGGCAUGUGUUGUUCAGUCGUGGCGUACCCGAAACGUUCGCCGAGCGUUUCGCGAACCUGGUGCUAACGGUAUACUGUUCGACGCUGACGUGGUACAUAGAAUGGCAGCUCCGGUGGGCCGAUCCACGACCGUACGACAUCGUGGACCUGGUAAGACCGUCGAUAAUUUUCACCAACACGCAUUUCAUCACCGAACCAGUUCGGUCGCUAACGCCGGACUUCGUCCAAAUCGGCGGCAUACAUCUGACUCCAUCCAAACCAAUACCGAAGGACAUUUUGGAAUUCAUUGAAAAUGCACCUAAUGGUGUGAUUUACUUCACGUUUGGAUCGGUGGUUUCGAUGUCGUCGUUACCGGAAAGUGUUCAAAGCGCAUUCCGGAAGGCUCUCGCUCGGGUUCCACAAAAGGUGUUGUGGAAAUACGAAGGCGAAAUGGCAGACAUACCGAAAAAUGUGAUGACGCGGAAAUGGUUUCCGCAACGCGAUAUACUUGUGCAUCCCAAUAUGAAACUGUUUAUCAGUCACGGAGGCAUAUCCGGAGUGUACGAAGCUGUGGACGGGGGUGUGCCUGUACUAGGAUUUCCCUUUUACUACGACCAACCGAGAAAUAUUGACAAUCUUGUUAACGCCGGGAUGGCGAUCUCUAUGGACCUGUUAUCUGUUACCGAAGAGACGUUUUUAAAUGCCGUUUUGGAGAUUGUCAACAAUGAUAGGUACCAGAAAAACGCUAAAAUCGCUUCCGAACGGUUCAAGGACCGACCUAUGUCACCAACGGAGUCGGUAGUUUACUGGACAGAGUAUGUUCUACGUCAUAACGGAGCAUUACAUUUGAAAUCCCACGCCUGGAAUCUGGCAUGGUAUCAAUAUUUUUCGGUUGAUGUAUUAAGCACAUUUUUAUUAAUCACAUUUGUCUUUUUGUUCAUAAUUUACCAUGGUUUAAAACUGAUCUACAAAUACAUUUGUAAUUUUUGUCGUAAAGAAAAAAGUGAAUAGAAUGCAAUAUUAGGUACACGAAUGAUCAAUAUUGUGUAUUAUACAUUAUGAAUAUACCGUUAGUCAGCGAAAA